AUGCGCCGUGGUGACCGGUUUGAGUGUGGUGCUCGCGGCGGCAGCGGGAAGGUUGGUCCAAGUGCAGUGCCACCGCAGGGACUCUCUGACAGUAGCCUGGACUCGCAGCCCUCGGUGCCACCUGUAGCCCCACUGCGUCCCGCGUGGCCGGCCGGCGGCAACAUGGUGGAUGUGUUCAGCGGGAGGCUCCUGGUCAGCAAGAACGGCCGCAGCGUGGACCCGGAGGAGGCCCUGCAAAACAAGGUCGUGGGCUUGUACUUCUCCGCUGGCUGGUGCUCGCCGUGCCGUGACUUCACGCCCAUCCUCUGCGACUUCUAUAAGGAGUUGCUGGAGGGGAAGCGCCCUCCUGCCCCCUUCGAGGUCGUCUUCAUCUCCUCCGACCACAGCGCCGAGGAGAUGGCGGGGUACAUGAACGCCAUGCACGGGGACUGGCUGGCCCUGCCCUUCCACGACCCCUACAAACAGUGAGUACCGGC